GGAAGUAAAGUCCAGCUCGGUAGCAUCUGUGCCUGGGAGGCCAGUGUGACUGAUACCAGCGACAGAAACAGGAACAAAUACUCAUGAGUUAUUAAUUGUUUAUAACUUCUAGGGAAUAUAUCCGAGUCGUAUAUUUAUAUAUUUAUUAAGUUCUUAAUUAAACGUAAAAAAAACACGGCACUUAUAGUCGUCAUUGUCGCAAAGUGUCGUCACUCAUCAUCAGUCAUUAGUUGCUUCCGUGUUUGUUACUGUAACAGGGUAUCUGCGAUUUUUUAUUUAGAGGGGGGGAAAGAUCAAAGCGGUUGCCAUGGCAACGGCGGUGUCGGCUACCAGCCUGUCACGGAGUGGUAACGUGUCCAAAUUGGAGCGACUGAAUUGCCGUGUGGUGAAGCUGCUGACGGCGGCGGUGCAGGAGGUGCUGGAGGCCGUGAGGGAGACGGUGUCUGAGUAUCAGGAGAAGGCGGCUCGGACGCAAAGGGAGAACGAGAGGCUGCGCCUAAAAUUACAGGAAACCCUAAAGAAACUGGAGAAAGAGCGAGAAGCGUCGAGACUCGCGCCCAUCUCAUUGUCCAUCAACCGGCCCCCCGUCGAGCCUCAGCAGACACCCAAAACUGGACACGUCUCUUGUUUAAAACAGGAUUCAGUUGUUAAAGUAGAUGCAGAACCAGAGGCGGUGUGUGACCUUCAAGUUGCAUUUACACUGCCUGACCCAAGUAAGCCCAGAACCGAGCAGGUCAACAGCUCAGAUUCAGACCAUGCCAUUAAUGGAACAGAAAGUGGUACUUUCCCUGAUCCCUCAUCACAAAUGGACAUUAAAACCGAACCUGUUGUGUCUGAAUGUUUUCAACAGCAGCAGCAGUUGCAGAUUGCUCAAGUUGUGGUUACAAUGGGGGAGGACCUGAAAGACCAGGCAACCAGGCAGGAUAACAAGAGCUCGAGUGCCAGUGUCCAGUCAAACAUCGGUGCACUCGGAAGGUGCGUAGGGAACACUUGGAGCGCAGUGUCUAGCUUGCAAGGACUUGAAAGACCGCUGCCUAUUCCACGAGACGAAGAGCACCACGUGUGUCAAGUCUGCGGUAAGACCUUCAGCCGCGUCGGGAACCUUCGGAUACAUCAGAGAUGUCACACCGGGGAGAAACCGUAUCGCUGUAUGGUGUGCGGCCGCUGCUUUAGCCAAACAGGAGACCUCAAGAAGCACAAAAGGGUCCACACUGGAGAGAAGCCCUACGCCUGCGUCCAGUGCGGGAAGAGCUUCAGCAGGGGCGAGAACCUUAAGCGGCAUCAGAAAAUCCACAUAGGAGAACGACUGCGUAGCCAGAACUUGUGGAGAGAUACUCAUGGAUUGGCCAUUUGAGGGCAUGAUGUACUAUAUGUUGGAAGAAUGUAGAGAACUGAAGGAAAAGGUCUGAAGUUCUAGUUCUCAGGUGCUGGUCAAGUAAUUAUUCAAAAAAAAGAAGAUAAUCUGGUAUUGUAAUAAAGCUGCAUCGUUACAACA